CUUCUCUUCAUGCACAGCCAACCACCAUUUAUUCUUUGUAGAGUUCUCUCUCUCUCAUCCAUGGGUAACUCAUCAGCUCUUUCUCUUCCCAUUCUCUGCUUCUCUCUCCUCUUGUUCUUGCACUCAGGUGGAAUUCUGAAGCUUGCAUAUGGACAAGCAGAGGGAGCUUGGUGUGUGGCAAAGCCUUCAUCAUCCAAUGAGGUGUUGCAGGAGAACAUAAAUUAUGCCUGUGGAUCAGUGGAUUGCAAGACAAUCGUAACUGGUGGUUCUUGUUUCUCCCCUGAAACCCUAGUGAACCAUGCCUCGGUUGCCAUGAACUUGUACUUCCAAAAAGAGGGAAGACACUUUUGGAAUUGCAACUUCAAGAACUCCGGUGUUAUCACUGUGACUGACCCGAGCUAUGAUGAUUGCAAUUAUGCGUACGCUUAGUAAUUGAAAGAAGUUCGAUGAGUUACAGGUUACAGUACUUCGUCUAUGUCAUUUCAUGUUAUAGAUUGUUCUAAAUUCUGAAGUAGAUGUUGAAGGGCUAGUCAUGUGUUGCAAUAAUCAAACUCACUUUGUUUCCAUUGUUGGUAUUCCUAACAAACCUUGUAAUCUCAUACUGUGAAAUUAGUAGAAAAAUUUCACUGUUUUAAGAUUUGUGUUUUCGUCUUUAAAAU